AUGGCCGGCCUCACAUGCCAGACCCAAGCAAGUGAUGGCGGCAUCAGUGAAGAUAAUGCUGUCUCUUCUCCCUUUAUCUACAUACCCAAGACUCAGAAGAAGCUGAACACAAGCUCGAAAGAGGACUAUAUAACGUCCUUUCUCUUCGAGGAUGAGCGCCCCUUUGAUGCCUCUGUCGGAGAUGAAACAUCGUACUUUCCGCCCUUCCAAGUGACAGACCUGGCGUUGCCCAGCAGGACGUACGCGGCCACCGGGAGCCCAGUAUCAGCCUUUUCCAUGUCCAGUGCAGACGACGAGGACGUCCCGGAGGUGCAGAGCUUGAUCAGGCCGUCUGCCACCACGGCUACCCCUACCGCGGCAUCAGCGCGCAAGCCAAGUGAUGCGGGAUCUAGAGCAUCUUCCUUUUCUCUAGAGCGUCGAAGGACGUCGAGAGGACAGGCAUCUUCGUCUUCCAGGUCUACUUCGUCGACCAGACCAAGGCGCAGCAUGCAGCAUCUACGCGGCAGAUCGGGGGCAGGGCCAGGGACUUAUACCAACUAUACACACUCUCGGUCAGAUAUGGGCAGCAGCCCUCAGCGUAACGAGCGAGACCUCGUUGCCCUGCACCGUGAAAGUUGUCUUCUUUUCAGCCAGAUGGGGCCAUACAAAGAGCUCUCUUCGUCUCCUACAGACCCUAACUCCUCAGCACGCCACUCCCAUUCACAUGUCUCUACCGCACCAACGAGAUAUUCUUCUUCACAGCAGCCUCAACAUUCGGCUUCUGCGUCUCCGCUGCUACGAACUGAAAACACACCUACUUCUCCAUUUCAGUCGGAUGGCAUCCCAUCUCCACUCAUCCAUCAGUCUACGUGGAACCCCAUCCAUGACCAAACAAACAACGUCUCUUCACCACCGCCCCUGCCUAAGACUGUAAUCGACUGGACGUCUCCCUCAACCAGACGGAGGGAAUAUGAAAAGAUCGACCGUGCCAGUCGUGGUAUUCGUGGUGCCUGGAGGAAGUUUGCUCCCCAGUGGUGCCAGAGUAAAGACGCUCGAGCCCCCUUUUUUGAAGAAUGCAAGGCCGGUCAUGCAAAGGACGAUGGCAGCGUGAGGCGGUUCCGCAUGGAUAUUCCAGAGGAAGAUGAUACCGAUAAAUGUGCCGAUCAGCCGCCACGUCAAGGACUAGGUGUGUUGAGAAAUGGACUCGUCUCAGCACUGACUCGACUCAAGUUAGAGAACGAGACUGCUCAGCCUGUCAAGGAGAAGUCUACUCCUAUUCCCACUAAACAAUGGCGGCCUUUUAUCAACAGGCGUAAUUCGUCGUUGGUCUAG